AGCGAGGCCGUGUGCGCAGGGUUAUUUGUGGUGUGUAAUUUAGGCAUUAUAAUUACUUAUAUUUUCUUUUUUUUUCGCUUUAUUUUGGCGAAUAAAUCAAACAAGGUAUCUGCGUCACGGCUGCGCCACUGCAGUAGAGGCGCGCGCCGGCCAUGUCCGAGCCGGCGCUGGACGAGCGCGCCGGCGACGCCGACGCGGCCGGCUCCUCGUACGCGCAGGCGCUGCGCGGCCGCUCGCUGGCCGACGGCGGCGACGCUGCGGAGGAGUUCCCGGAGCUGGGCCCGCCGACCGACAGCGCCGAACACGACGAGUCCGGGGAGUGGAAACAGUCCAAGAACCGGCGCGCCGACAAACGGCAGCAGGCCCGCGAGCGUCGCGACCAGCGCGUGCGCCGGGAGCGCCGCGAGCGUCCGCACCGCGGCCCGCCGCCCUCAGCGGCCGCGCAGCCGGAGGAGGGCGACCGCGUCGCCACCGGCGAGCAGACGGCGCCGGCCGCGCAGCCGGCUGCCGGCGACGCGGCCGUCUCGGGCGAGGAGGCCGGCGCGCCGGCCGCCGACGAGACCAAGUUCGUGGACGCGCCGCCGCCGAAGGAGAACGCCUGGAGUAAGAAGCAGGCCGGUGCUGCGCAGCCGGCGGCCCCCGCGGCGGCGGCGGCGGCGGCGGCCGAGCCCGCUCAGAAGCCGGAGCCGCCGCCGGCCGCGGUACGGCCUGCUGCGACGGCGGCCGUCCCCAAACCGGCCAGCACAGACGGGCCGGCGCGGCCGCCCACCGUCGUGCGAGCCAACUCUGGUGACAAGUCAAAAAUCAAUGCGAAGGCGUCCGACUUCAGUGACCUGGGCGACUGGCCGAGCCUGGAGAAGACGAGCAGCGCACCGGGCACGCCGCGGCCGGCCACCGCUCCGGCCGGCUCCGGCUCCGGCCUGACCAACGGCGGCGGCACGGCGCCCUCCUCACAGGACGACGACUCGUCCAAGGAGAACUACGACGAGAACCGGCAGAACGCCUCCGGCACCGACAGCAGCAAACGGAAACGCAGCACGCCCAAACAGAAAUGGAAGCCCAUGGACAUCGAGUUCCGCGGCCGCGGCAAGCGGGCCGAUCGGUCGCCGCGCGGCGGCUUCCGCUCGCGCCUGGACCCGCGCAGAGGCGGCAGCUCGGAAAGCUCCAACUGGCGGGAGGACAGUCGCAGUGUGGAGCGGCGCGGCCGCGGCCGCGGGCGGGGCCGGCCGCGCGCGCGGGGCCGCGGCCGCGGCGGCUCGGCGGCCGCUGGCCUGGCCGCUGACGAGUGGUCCGGUCAGGACCCGCUGGAGGAGAUGGCUGCCGACCUCGGAGCCAAGGUGCCCGAGUACCUGCGCUCCGACCCGGCCUUUCUCGACAUGUACCACAACUACGUGUACCCGUCUCCCUACCUGCAGCUCAGCGACGUCGCGCUCAGAGAAGCCAUCAAAAAACAGAUUGAGUACUACUUCAGCGAGGAGAACCUGCAGAAGGACUUUUUCCUGCGGCGCAAAAUGGACGAGGAGGGCUACCUACCCGUCUCGCUGAUCGCCUCCUUCCACCGCGUCGAGGCGCUCACCCGUGACAUCAAGCUGGUCAUCCAGGCCGUGGAAAACUCGGACGUGGUCGAAAUCGCCGACGGCGUCAAGAUCCGCGCCAAGGUGGAGCCGGGCAAGUGGCGUCUGGCGCCGAACGCGCCGGCGCCGCUGGCCGGCCUGCUGCCCGGCGGCGAGCUGAACCCGGACGUGCCCGAGUUUGUGCCGCACUUUCUGCAGCAGUCGGCCCCGGCUGCCUCAGACUCCGGCUCCGGCCCCGCCGCCGCGUCCUCCGCCGACCCGGCGGCGGCCGGAGCCGAGCUGGCCGAGGAGGCACUGCCGCAGGAGGCGCGACGCGAAACUGAGGGCGCUAUGGGUGUCCCGGCCGGCCGCAGCUCAUACCUUUCACUGCUCAACUCGCCCCCAUUGUCGUCCAGCGCGCCAGAGUCCGAAUGGCGGCAGGUACGGCGGCGCUCUCGCGAGCCGCGGCCCCGCGCCGGCGGUAACGCCACCUCGUCACCGGCGCCGGCCGUCGACGACCGCGAGGAGCUCAACUUCCAGUUUGACGAGGAGAUCGAGUCCAAGGUGCCGGCCGGCGGCAGGAACAACACCUUCACCGACGACUGGUCGGACGACGAGUCUGAGAACGAUUUCCCGGACCGCGGCCUGGACAACCUGAUGAUCGUCACGCAGACGCCGCCGCCGUCUCGACUGCCGAACCGGCCUGACAAGCACGAGGGCCACGACCGGACCGGCGACUACAUCUCCCGGGUCAAGAUGACCCAGGACCUAGCGUCGGCCAUCAACGACGGCCUCUUCUACUACGAGCGCGACCUCUGGGAGCAGCCCGAAUGGGAAAAUUUCUCAGUUCAGAAAAACGUAUCUGUGAUAUCGAGCGAGGAGUUCAGCAAGAUAAAGCCGCCGUCUCCGAAGGCGUCGAACCAGCAGGUGCCGCCGCCCCCUCCACCUCUCCUCCAGCCGCCCGCCGACGACUCGAACCUAUCACGGUCGUUACCCGCCGAUAUCCCGAUGACGCCCAAGGGCGCCACGGGCCGGCAGGCGCCGACGACGCCGCGUACGCCGCAUGGCAGCCGGCUGGACGCCAGCCAGGCGCCACGCUUCUACCCGGUGGUCAAGUCGAACCGGCCGCCCGACAAGAUGACGCCCCGCAAGCGCAAGCUGCGCCACUCGCAGAACCCGCCGGUGGAGCACCACGUCGGCUGGGUGAUGGACAGCCGGCGGCACCCGCCGUCGCGGCGCGAGCGCACCAUCUCACAGACCAGCAACGCCAGCAACGUGAGCGGCACCAGUCCGUCCGAGGGCGGCCUGAGCACCAGCCUGGGCAGCACGCCCGGCGCGCUGCCGCAGUUCCAGCACCCGAGCCACGCGCUGCUCAAGGAGAACAACUUCACACAGCAGGUCUACCACAAGUACCGCGCCCGCUGCCUCAGAGAGCGCAAGCGUCUGGGCGUGGGCCAAUCUCAGGAGAUGAACACCCUAUUCCGGUUCUGGUCGUUCUUCCUGCGAGACAACUUCAACCGUAAGAUGUACGAGGAGUUCCGCCAGCUGGCUAAUGAGGACGCCGUCGAUGGCUACAGGUACGGACUGGAGUGCCUGUUCCGGUUCUACAGCUACGGCCUGGAGCGGCGCUUCAGGCCAGAGCUCUACAUCCACUUCCAAGAGGAGACGUUAAAGGACUUCGAGACGGGUCAGCUGUACGGUCUGGAGAAGUUUUGGGCGUUCAAGAAGUACUACCGCCAGGCGCGCUCUCUGGACACGCUGCCUGAGCUGCAGGCGGCGCUCAAAGACUUCCGGCGACUCGAGGACUUCCGCGUGCUGCCGCCGGCCGGCGAGGAGGACGGCUCCGGCCGCCGCAGUCGGCACACGUCCGACUCGGCGCAGGGCCGCCCGCGGCAGCAGGGGCGGCGCGGCACCAGCUCCGAGGCGGCGCGCGGCCACGGGCGCGGCGGCGGCCGCGGUGCGCGCAGCCGCACCACCUCGGAGGGCGAGGGCGGCGCGCACUACCGGCGGCAGCACCGCCACCUGGCCGGCAAACGGCCGGCGGCCCAGCAGCAGCAGCAGCAGCAGCAGCCGGCCAAGGUGGAAACCCAGGAGCUUAGGGCGGCGCCGGCCGUCAGCGCGUCGGCCUCCAGCUAGAGGGCCGGCCGGCCGGCCGACAGGUGUCGAU